GGGCUGCAGCGGACGCGGGGUUUCUGCGGCGGCCAGCCGGAGUUGGAGGAGGCGGCGGGCCGGGGCUCGCGGUGGCGGCGGAGCCAUGCUGCUGGCCUCGGCCGUGGUGGUGUGGGAAUGGCUGAACGAGCACGGGCGGUGGCGGCCCUACAGCCCGGCUGUCAGCCACCACAUCGAGGCGGUGGCCCGCGCCGGGCCGCGGGCGGGCGGCAGCGUGGUGCUGGGCCAGGCCGACAGCCGCCUGGCGCCGUACAUUAUCGACCUGCAGUCCAUGCACCAGUUCCGUCAGGACACCGGCACUAUCCGCCCUGUCCGGCGCAGCUACUAUGACCCGUCGGCGCCAGGCAAGGGAGUCGUGUGGGAGUGGGAGAAUGACAGUGGAUCAUGGACGCCCUAUGACAUGGAUGUGGGCAUCACCAUCCAGCGUGCCUAUGAGAAGCAGCACCCUUGGGUGGACCUGAGUGCCAUUGGCUUCUGCUACAUCAUUGACUUUGCCACCAUGGGCCAGAUAAACCGGCAGACUCAGCGCAAGCGCCGUGUCCGCCGCCGCCUUGAUAUGGUCUACCCGCUGGUCUCAGGCACCCUGCCCAAGUCUCAGUCCUGGCCAACCAGCCCUGGGCCAGCACCAGCCCCUCCGGUCUCUGCCUGUGCCUGUCCCCAGUGCCUCCUGGUCAUGAGUGUGAAAGCCACUGUGUCAGCUGCUGGCCCUGGCACUGCUACCCUGCAGCCCCGCAAAGUCCUCCCUGUCCCACCUGCUGCCUCCAAAGCCCCAGCCCUGGCCCCAGGGGCCAAGGCAUCUGACAGCGCGGCCGUGGCACGUGGCUCGUUGAAACCUCUGGCAGCCCAAGGGGGCUGGCAGCAGGCAGCCAGUACGCCUGCCCUGAGCUUGUCCAGCUCCACUGCCAGCCCCCUUGGCGCGGGCAGUGGGAAGGCAUCCCGUCCUGGCCUCGGCACCCUGAACCGCAACCACCUCCAGCGCCUGGCCAUCGCCCAGUCCCGGGUGCUCAUUGCCUCUGGGGUCCCCACCAUCCCUGUGAAGAACCUUACUGGCUCCAGCCCCGUCAACCCAGCACUGGCAGGGAUCACGGGGAUCCUAAUGAGUGCGGCUGGGCUGCCCGUCUGUCUUACACGGCCUCCCAAGCUGGUGCUGCAUCCCCCACCUGUCAGCAAAAGUGAGAUCGAGUCCAUCCCUGGGAUCUCCCACACAUGCCGCAAGACCACCAAGAAACAAGCCAAGAAGGGUGAGAGACAGAUUGCCACUUAG